AGUGAGAAAACCUCUUCUCAUGACGUGUCUCCUCAUCUGGUGGCCACUGGGAUUGACUUCUGCUGAUAAGAACAGUAACUGGUGUUACGGGAGACCAGAAUGUGAUUUCAAAACAUGGAUGGGAAAGUGUAAAACGGGGUCCAAGCAGUCACCCAUCAACCUGGAGAAAGACUCGGCGGUGCGCAACAAAUCUCUUACCCCCAUUGAGACCGAGGGCUACGAUGUUCCUGGCAAGAUAACCGGAGUCACAAAGGAGGAAAACACAGUGAAAGUAGAGCUGGGAGAAGGCAUUCGCAUAAGAGGUGGUGGUCUUGGAGGCGAAUAUGAAGCAAAAUCCAUAGUUUUUCGCUGGGGUGGUUUUCAUGAAGAUGGUGUAGUUGAAGACAACUUUGAAGGCUUGGAUGGCUCUGAACACAGCAUCAAUGGAAAGAAAUACCCCAUGGAGAUGCAAAUUAAUCACGUCAAACUCCCCGGUGCUAGCGGCACAACCAAGGACAGAGCGGUCCUUUCCUUCUUCAUUCAGAAAUCCAUGGAUAAGCCAAAGCCUGAUGAUCUUUUCCCCAUCUAUGACUGCAUUGACAAUUUAGAAAAUGGACAGAACUGUAAAAUGGACAGAAAGACAACGCUCACUGACUUCAUGAUUGGAGCUAACAUGAAACAUUACAUGCGGUACGAAGGAUCAGGCACCACGCCACCCUGCAACGAAAAUGUCAUCUGGACUGUCUACCUCGUACCCCUUUUCAUUCCUGCCAGCUUGAUAAAGAAUUUUUCUAUCCUCAAAAAUGAAGAAUUCAUAGAGAUGAAGAACGUGUACCGGCCAAUUCAGCCUCUCAAUGGCCGGACGGUUUACCUCUCAGCAGGGAGCUCCAUUCCCACCAUCUCUGGAGUUGCUCUUGUCGUCUGGGUCUCCAUUCUGCACCUCCUCAUAUAUGUCAACUAAAAAGAUCAUCUGGGGGUGUGGGGGGGCCGUGCGGCCCUUUCCUUCUUUUUAUUUUGAGUCUGUUGGACACUGAGGUGCAAACUCCUUGAAGGACCCACAGCUUUCAGACCCUCAUGUUAGGGUCGGCUGCACCCUCCUGAAGCCCCAGAGCAGCAACCUAAUAAUUUGGGGACUCCACACUCGUGGUGGUCUCUUACUGCCUUGUGCUCGGACUCUUUUCAUCU